AACAACCUCGAAAAUUCGGAAAUGUUUUGAUUUAUUCGUUAUGGUGGAGAACGCGGGAGAUUGAAAAGGAAAAUUUUAUCCUUCAUAAAAUAUUUAGCUGCUGUAACAGAAACAUGUGGGACAUUAUUGAAACAGACUUUGGUGGUGAUGAGACAGCAAAUUUCGGGCCUCGGAAAGAAACUGGGACGGCACUCUAUCAGAUUGACACAGUUGCUACGGUAUCUUGUCAGAAUCAGGACAAUACCAGUCUCCCUGUUAAUGCAGCAUGUGUGUUUGGUGACCUGACUAGUUUGGCUGUGGAGAAAACCCUGAUACUGCAAGCCUCCUCAACUCUUAGUUUUGAUAGUGAGAUUGAAGAAAUGGAAUGGAGCCCAGAUGGUAGUCUAGUUGUAAUGGGACUGACAGGGGGGAUGUUGUUCAUCCUGGAUGCAGAAUCAACUGAAAUUGUCUUUUCUCUUAACCUUGUUCCAGAAGAACGACAAGUAAAUGGCAGGUCCUUUAAGAGAAUUCUUUUCUCAGAUUCAUACUUGGAUGAAAAAUUUACUGCAGACCUUGUAAUUCUGACUGUUGAUGGACAGCUCACAGUUUUACCAGAUAUCCAGAUAUUUAAACAAGGUGGGGAAAAUAUAGGAGACAUGAUAACAAAUAGUGUAAAAGUGGCGAGCACGAAAUCCCAGCAUUCAAGUGUCAAUGAUGUGGUUGUCACUGGAGAUUAUAUUUACACACUGGGUGGAGGUAAUAGUGUGUUGUGUUUGUGGAGUUACCGUCAUGGCAGUAUAGAGCCGGAGGAUCGGGUUGAUAGUCCUUGUAGUGAAGAUGCUGUCUUGCUCACUGGAAAAGCAACUUCAGAUGGCCAUUAUAUUUUCACUGUGGACUCUGAUCGCUGCCUGAGUCUGUGGGAUGCAAGGAUGUUGGUUUGUGUGAAAACAUUCAAUAGUGUCAAGGUGACUGACCUCUGUCUCCUAGAGACCAAUACUUCACAAAAUAAUAGCUUGAGAGAUAUGAAGUUAGUGAUAAUGACUGAACCAGAAGAUGGAGAAUGUUUUCUCAAGGUGCAAACACUACCAGACUGGGAGACAGUAUAUAAUCUGCAGUUAUCUGCCCCUAGUAAAUUGGCAAAGUGUAACACAUUCCAGGAUGCCCUGUACAUCUCAGAAUUCUGUGCAAACAAUGAAAAACCUGGAACAGUUACCACUCUAAGAUUCAGGUGCUUGAAUGAAACAGAUCCCAAAACAAGAUUGUACAGAAUUUUACAGAAGAAUAAGUUUGAAGAGGCAGAGAAGUUUGCCAACCUUUUCCAGCUUGAUAUUGAGCUGGUACAUACGGUUAAGGCAAACUACCUGAUAGACCAGUUAUCUCCCUGGAACUGCAGCAAAUAUGAAGAAGAACAGGUCAAAGAUAUGAUUAAUCAAUUAUGGAGCUGUCUGGAUACAAUUGUGGAUGACCUUCAUACCGCAGAAAACUGCAUGAGAGCUGCUCUCCCCACAUACAGUGAUACAGAGAAACUGCUGUCGUACUGCAAGGAAAGGCUGGUCAAGGCUUUAGCAAGCAAAGACCCAGCAGUCAGAGAGAAACAGAGGGCACUAUUCAGCAAGUUGCUGGAGAUUCAGCAUAGACUUACAACCUUUAAACUGGCAUAUGGAGAAGAAUCAUUUAGUGGUGAGAAGUGGGAACAGUUUAAGCGUGCUGAUUUGCUCCAGGAAUCUUUGAGAUGGCUGGACAGAGGUCAUUUUGAUACAGGGUUUAUCAUCUGGACUAGACAUCAGUCGAGCUGGAAGAGUGACGUGUUGAGUCGAGAUCUGAUACAGAAGAUACUGUCUACCAUACCACACCAAACCCCACCCAGCAAUCUGCUAGGCUACAUCAGUACUGGACUUAUUCCAUGUGUUGUCAGAGAAAUACCAGAAGCCCUGGUAGAUCUUGUGGACUUGGUUAUUGAUAAAACAAAGAAUAUGGAGACAAUGGAUAAGGCAAACUGGCCAAAGACGGCGAUUCAGUUUGCAGAGUACAUGCACACAAGAUUACAUGAGGCUUCUGCAGUCAUGAUAGAUGAUGACACCUGUAUGGCAAACGACAAUGCUAACAAGACUCGGCUUCGAAGUGAGGUGACACUGAAACCUCUGAUGACGUUGAUUAUCAAACUGAGGCAACUUGAUGAUGUCCUACAUAAAUACAAGUGCAGGUUGUCUCUUACUCAGUUCCUUAAGGAAACCAAAGAGACGAUUACAUUUAGGAUGCUCGACAAAGUUGUUGCCCUUGAUUUAAUUAGCCAGACGCUGGAGAGACAGAUAAGACCUUAUAUGAAGGAACAUGGACUAAAUCAGGACCAGAUCUUCUCAAAAUAUAUCAAGGAUUUACUAGAGAGGUAUGGUCAGGUUACAAGUUUCAGAGGAGAAGUAACAUGGGAAGCCAAGGCAGCGGCUGUGAUUGACUGUAUUACUGAUGUAGAGCAAAAGAUUGUGGGUGUGCUGGAGGUUAUGGAAUGGGCACCUGUACCUUGGAGUCCUGGCGUGGAACAACUUGUGCAGAUGGGGCUUAAGCUGAAACACAUCAAAGUAAGCAAGAUAAAGGAGCAGUGUGAGAGGGCAAGAGUGAGGAAACUGAUGAUGAAAUAUGGACUCAAAAAUGUUGAAGUACCACAAGGACCUCAAGCUGAGAGACUGAUGUAUUUUAUGUUGACCAAGGACAAGGAAGGAUGUAUGGAGGAUGCUCUGGAGGUCAUGAAGUCAUGUGGGGUCAGUUUGAAGGUCAAUUUGUAUGGAUUCAGAAUGAGACAGCUUAUCACAGCUGAUAGGCUUGAAGAUUGUAUGGAGUUGCUGAAGGGCUUACCAGCAGAUCUAAGGGUUAAGAUAGGAAAUGAGAUUGUGACCUUGGCAAUUGUAAAGCUGAAUCAUACGGUAAUGCUCACACCCAUUGAGAAUGAGAUAAAAAGAGAGAAGAGGCUGUACACAGAAGCUGCCAUAUUGAUUAUCAAAUAUCUUCAAACCAAAACACAUGAUUGUGCGGACCUUGAAGACUUGAAGAAUCAGGAAGGAAUUCUUAGAAAUAUACUGGCACUGCAGGUGGAAUUUGACAAAUAUUUAACACUGGAGGAAUAUGACAGUGAACAGUUCAGGAUGAACUUGAUUUAUGACUUUAUGAAAGACUUCUUUGAAAAGAAACAGAUACAGGGUUCUGACUAUGCCAAGGUGUACAGACUGGCCAGGAUCUUAGAUAUCUCCCAUACCACAAUACAAGGUCAACUUGCUAUCAAAUAUGCCAAUGCUGGGAAUAUACAAACUGCUGUACAAAUAUGUGGGGAACUGUUUGAGUCAAGCCCCACAGAGGAAACUGCAGAAACAUUAUUUGAGGUGGUACAGGCUUUCUUGGACCUACAAGCUGAGGUUGACACUGGUGAUGAAGAUGUUGAUACAGGAAAAUUGCGUCUGCUACCUGACGUCUGCUACAGGCUUGCCAACCAGGCUGUCUGUAUCUGUAAUCCAGAUAAGUUAUGUCAGUACCUGGAGUUGUGUAAGAGCUGUUCAUUAUUGUUGUCUGUGAGUCAGCAGUGUGAAUCAGGGGACAGUACUCUUUCUGCUCAGUGGGGAGAGUGUACAGAGUUGCAAGUAGACAAGGAAUUGUUUGCAGACCUCACACUGGAUGUGUUCCAAGAAGAUGCCCUGUUAAUGAGUUCAACUGUUGCUUUACCACUUGUCUCAAAAUAUGCAGUUAUCAAUCCUCUGUUUACUUCCAUUAAAGAUGGUGGGAUAAAGUCUGAUGGAGAAGAGGCUUCUCCUGUCCAGCCUAUGUGUAACAGUGUGUUACCUGUUGUUCAGCACCUUAGAGAAAACAGUCAUACACAACUCGGAUUUACAUUUUCCCUCCAUAUGUUGUUCACACUAUUACAGUACAUGCAACAACAGGAUAUGGGUCUGCCAUUUGCAUCAGAGGCACAAAAAGAGAACAUUGUACAAGGUUGGAAAUGUGUCCAGGAAAUGGAGAAGACCAGUCAGGCCAUGAUGAAAGAUCUCGUAUUUACACUUGUCAUGAAGAUAUUCAACAGUUCUCGUGUAGAUGACCACCUAGCGUUCACUUAUCUGUGUAAUAGACCAAAACGUGAAGUGAUGGACUUGAUGAUGAGACUUACUAAAGCUGCAGGACAACAGUAUAAGAAACUUAAGGCUAUAGCAGGUAUGGGAAUAGCUCUAGGACAGAUCUUUAAGGAGCCCAGUAUGAUCAGCAGCUGUCAAUUACUGGAAACCAAUGCUGCCUGGGGAUACAGGCUUAGUAAAAUGAAGAUUUCUUUCAAAGAUGCAAUACUAGGACCUAACAGUGAGAAGACGAAGCUGCUGCCAGUAAUAGCACAGAAUGAAGCUGCAGAUACUACAUUGGUCAGGGAGUUCUGUCAAUCGUUCAAGCUGGAUGAAGAUGAGGGUUUGUUACUAUAUUUAGACCACUUGUUUGUGCAGCCAGAUGAUGCUUCAUUGGAAAUAGAGAACAACAAGGCCUCGGUGAUAUCUCGUGCAUGGGAAGCAAUCUCUAAAAUAAAAAAUGAAGAUGAGCUUGUGCAUAGAAUAAAGAAAAUUUAUUACAGGACAAGUGCCUAUGAUUAUGAGACUUUGGAGUUUGCACUGGAGGUGAUAAAAAAGUCCGGUGAUGUUGGAGAUAUACCUGUAGAAAAGGGUCUGAAGUUGUUGGAAUACCUGAAGGUUUACACACGUCAUGCUGACCCUGCCGAGUAUGAGAUUGAGUUUAAAAUUGGUGGCGAGAAAAAGGAGUCUCAGAUUUUUAUGGCUUCUCUGCCACCAGAAAGCAAAAUAAGGCUGCCUGUUCAUCCCUUGUUACAUGGAGAUCCCUGGAAAGUGAUCACUCCAGAGCUGAACAAAGAAACUGUUGCUACAUGGCUGCUGAUGGCAAAACUUCUCAAUCUUUCUCCAGACCAGAUAUGUCUGACAGCUGUCCAGAACAUGGUGAGAGUGUACACAGAGACGUUCACAAGUCCUGAUGGAGGAUCAGACAUGAGUCACUGGAACUGGAGACCUGAUCAGGCCAACAGCACCCUGUUACAGGAUGCUGGUCAAGUGUUACAGAGCAUUAAGAACUGUGAGAGUUCAUUGGCCUGUGCUAAAUGGAUGGUCACAAAACUUCCUUUAGGAUCAGAAAAGGUGUUAGUUCUGAAGCAGUGUGUAAAACUGGCAGAGUUAUGGCACCUGAGUAUACCUGAAGAGAGUGCAAAAAGAGAGAAAGCUAAAGGAGCCUACCUGAAAUUUCUUAGUCACUGGCAGAAAAUGGCGUCAGCUCAGGCCCUGUGCCUGAAUGGUCUGGGUGAGGCAGAAUUGUUACAGAACACAGACAAACCAUCAGUUCUUCUACAGAAGUUGUAUGAACAUCCAAGCAUCACACAGCUCAAGUGGGAAGCUGGAUCUGUUAAACCUGAUAUACAUGCAGCUGCAGUGAAGAUUGCAGAAAUCAGCAGUACUUGCCUAGAUAAAGUACACAGUACCUUGAUAGGGAAAUGGUUGCAGUCUGGUAACAAGGUGCAGCAGGAUUCUGAUACAACAAUGACAUUCAGUCUAGAGAAUCUGAAGUUUACCGACACUGUUCAAGAAAAAGAGGAUGAUGAGGAAAUGAGCUUCAAGAGAAGUGUUCAUCUGGUAGAGGAGGAAAACAAUGAGAAAAACAUGAUGAGAUUAUUUGAGUAUGCCUUAAAGCCUAUGGAAGGUGGUGAUACUGUGUGCUGUAUUCGAGCAUUGAGGUGUUUGUUACACCUGUAUGAUGAUGAUACCAUGAAAAAAGUGUGUAACAAGUCGCUGGAGGAUAUCAGAAAUUUACUACACAUUAUGAUCUACUUGGCAAGCUUAGAGAAACUGCACAUUCGCCACUCUGUAGAGACAUUUAUAUCUUGUCAUAAAGAAGGCUUGGUGAAGGGAAUUUGGAAAAACCAUAGUCAUGAGAAAACUGCUGUGACCCUUGUAUCUUGCCUUUGUCUGGACUACGAGAUCUAUGACUUUCAGUUAUGGACAAGUAUUCUGCAAAGAUUACAUUCCUUUGGAUUAAUGACUCAGCUAGAGUAUGUACUACUGAGGCUGAAUAAUGUACCAGAACUGUGGCAGAUUGCAGCAUUCCCUAAAAUGUGGUAUACUGUAGUCUCCAUGCCUCUUCUUAAAGUGUGUUCACCACUAAGCAAAGAACAGAUGGACACAUGUGUACAUUACUUUAAUGUUUUACUGAGAUGUCCUGUAUUGAAAGAGCUGGAUGGAGACAUGUUAUCAAAACUGUAUCACAAGUUAGAGAUGCCAGCUUGCUCCCUGGGCUGCCUGAUUAUCUGUAAAUCUUCCUCUGACUCUGCAAUACAGAGUAUGGUGUGUGAGGAAGGACAUCAUAUUCUGGACAGCACAGUGUGCCUGCUGCAGAAUGGCCUUAGUCACGGUAUCAGUCUAAAGAUCCAGGAGACUGUGUUCAAAGAUAUGCUACAUUCUGAGAGGUUUGAACAGAUCCUAGAUACCAAGUUCCAGAAAGAAUUUGUAGCCUACUGUGUCCGAGUGAAAGAUAUAGAUGGCUUGUUGGUGUUUGCUAUUAAGCAUCAGAGACUGAAUGAAGCAAAGACUUUGGUGAAGGUAUACACAAGUGCUCACUCUACUGUAUGUAUGAAGGUGAACCAAUAUAUUGAUGAGGAAGAGGAGGAGGAAGACAGUACAUUAGCUUUGUUAAAGGCUUACUUGAAAAUGCAGAACCUAGAGGAAUAUUCUACUAUGCUGUGAAAUAUCAAGUGAAGAGCAGAGAAUGAGGACCAGAUAAACAAGUGUUUCCAUGAUCAGAUGAUGAGUUGUUAAGCUGUACAAAGUUACUCAUUGAGAAUUCUUGAUGAGAUAAUUAUACUGACAGUGUCAUUAUAAUUAACUGAAUUACUGUUUAAAUAUUCUCUGGUGAUGGGGAUUUGUUAUACUGUAAACUGUUAAUGAAAGUGCUUCGUUAUGACGUUCUGACAUCUUUAUAUCUUGAAGGAUGAACUUCUGUACGUCUAGAAUCAAAGAUUUAUUAAAUAAAUAAAGUGGAAAUAAGGACAUAAGAGUAUAGUCCUGUGGCGACGCCAUAUUUAUUGACUGACAUAUGUUUAUAACUGCGAGUAAGCAGUUAAUAACUUCAACAGAGUGAUAUGUUUACUCAGUUAUGAUUAUUUUGUUUAUUAAUUCUUUGAUUCAUUAUACAAUAUUAAACAUACAAAUUUUCAGUA